AUGGCGAAUGGGUACGAGGCCUGGUCACAGCAACAGUUGAUUGCGCGGAUACAAGAGUUGGAGCAGCAGAUUGGAGGAAAUGAGAAGGCCACCACCAAUGUUGCUGACCCAACCUCUGCCACGUUUGCCAGCUUUUCAAUACCCUCGCCAACUAAUGGUUCCAAGUCAUUAGCAUAUCGCAAACCGCCGAAAGCGCCUCCAAAGGCAUUCGAUGCCUCAAAGUACAGCACACGGCUUAUAGCUUUGAAGUUCGCAUACCUGGGACAGAAGUACAACGGGUUCGAGCACCAUAAGAACAACUCAACACCGUUACCUACCAUCGAAGAAGAGCUAUGGAAAGCACUGGUCAAAACAAGAUUGAUCAAUCCUAUACCGACUCAGGGGGAUACGACGGAAUACAACAGGAUAGACAGAAGAACCUUUACAGCCUGGGAUAAGGAAGGAGCCGAUGUCAAUUGGGAAGGCUGUGAAUACUCGAAGUGUGGGAGGACUGAUCGGGGGGUAAGCGCGUUCGGCCAAGUUAUUGGGGUGCGUGUUCGUAGUUACAAACCUCUCCCAAGACCGCAGCCUACUGGAUCCGCAGAAGAAAGGGAGGGAAUAGACCAGGAAGAUGAAUCAUCCCUAUACACAACGGACAACAAGCCACAACCCCCUUUACAACCUUUCAAUGACCUCACCGACGAACUGCCCUAUAUCCAACUCCUGAAUCGCGUCCUUCCACCCGAGAUUCGCGUCUACGCCUGGUGUCCGAACCCACCACCAAACUUUAGUGCACGCUUCUCCUGCAAAGAGCGGCGCUACAAGUAUUUCUUUACAAACCCCGGUUUCGCUCCCGUCCCCGGCUCGCCAGGCCUCUACAACACCAACACUGAAAGCAAGCAUACUAUGCGCGAAGGCUGGCUCGACAUCGAGGCGAUGAAAGAGGGCUGCAAAGAGCUAGUGGGAUUACAUGACUUCCGCAACUUUUGCAAAAUUGACGCGAGUAAACAAAUAACCAACUUUAACCGCCGCAUAUUCCAUGCAGACAUCGAGGAAGUCUCGCACUUAUCUGUACCCUCCUACAUUUCACACGCCGCUCUAAGUUCGCCCUCCUUUACUUGCCCGUCACAAGGAGAGCCGAAGAUGUACGCCUUCACCCUCAAUGGCUCUGCAUUCCUCUGGCACCAAGUUCGCUCCAUCGUCGCCAUCCUCUUCCUGAUCGGCCAAGGCCUUGAGUCGCCUUCUGUCAUCCCCGCGCUCCUUGAUAUUGAAUCCAAUCCCCAAAGACCGAAAUAUGAGAUGGCGUCCGAUGCACCACUCGUGCUAUGGGACUGCGUGUUCCCGCACGAAAGCGAGGUGCAGUCUUCAGAAGAGAGGGAGCGGGGUUAUGAGGAUCGGCUAGAGUGGGUAUAUAUUGGCGAUGAAGGGGCCGUGGAACCGAAGAGUAAAGGCCUAGGGAAGAAGGGUGGGGAGAGUGCUGUAGGGAGGGGCAAGUGGGGACGUGGAGGGGUCAUCGACGAUGUCUGGGAAGUCUGGCGACGGAACAAGAUUGACGAAACACUGUCUGCGUUGUUGCUUGAUAAGAUCGCUGAGCAGGGACGCUCGACGCUUGACGCCGAGCUAGGUGGUGAGCAGAACAUAGGCAUUGCUAAGGGCGGCCCAAGGAAUUUCGACGGCGGCGAUAUUGGCCGGGCGAAGGGCAACUAUGCUCAACUUAUGAAUCGCGAAAGGCAAGAGUCCGUUGAGGUGGUCAACGCACGGUUCUUGAAGAGGAAAGGCGUCGACCCGAAUAAGAGUCAGACGAGAGAUGACGAAGCCGAUGAGUAA